GGCACAAUACAAACUCCCCGUCGUAAAGUCAACGCCGCCCGGUUCUUUUUCUCGCCUCAUCGCGCUCUCUUCUCUCUCCCCCUCCUCCUUCCUCUCGACGUUCGGCUGCAUCCGAGUCAUGGAGGGAGAGUUGAGGCCGAUGGAUGCGGAGCAGCUGAGAGAGAACGCGCACAGGAUGGUGGAUUUCAUCGCGGACUACUACAAGUCCAUCGAGAGCUUCCCCGUCCUCAGCCAAGUCGAGCCUGGCUAUUUACAUAAACUUCUUCCGGAUUCUGCGCCUGAUCGUCCUGAAUCAUUGCAACAAGUUCUCGAAGAUGUACAGGCAAAAAUAUUACCUGGGAUGACCCAUUGGCAGAGUCCAAAUUAUUUCGCAUAUUAUCCUUCUAACAGCAGUAUCGCGGGUUUUGUGGGAGAGAUGCUCAGUGCUGGCCUCAACAUAGUCGGGUUCAGUUGGAUUACUUCCCCUGCUGCAACAGAACUUGAAAUGAUAGUUCUGGAUUGGCUCGCUAAGCUUCUCAAUCUGCCUGAUGACUUCCUUUCGACAGGAGCAGGUGGUGGAGUAAUACAGGGUACUGCAAGUGAAGCUGUUCUAGUAGUUAUAUUGGCUGCUCGAGAUAAGUUCUUAAGUAGGAUAGGGAAAAGUUCGCUUGAUAAGCUUGUUGUGUAUUCUUCUGACCAGACCCACUCGUCGUUGCAAAAAGCAUGCCAGAUAGGAGGUAUAUAUCCAGAGAACUGCAGGGUUCUAACAACAGAUGCUUCUACCAAUUAUGCGCUCUCUCCCGAUUUACUUAAUGAAGUGAUUUCUCAGGACAUAUCCUCCGGUUUAGUUCCCUUCUUUUUGUGUGCUACAGUUGGUACAACUUCUUCAACGGCAGUUGAUCCCUUGCCUGCACUAGCAACAGUUGCUAAGAGAAAUGGAAUGUGGUUCCAUAUUGAUGCUGCAUACGCUGGAAGUGCUUGUAUUUGUCCUGAAUAUCGGCCUUACAUUGACGGCAUUGAAGAUGCUGAUUCGUUCAACAUGAAUGCACAUAAGUGGUUUCUGACAAAUUUUGAUUGCUCCGCACUCUGGAUAAAAGACAGAAAUGCAUUGAUUCAGGCCCUUUCUACCAAUCCAGAGUACCUAAAGAACAAGGCGUCACAAGCAGACAUGGUUGUGGACUACAGAGACUGGCAAAUUCCUCUUGGGCGUCGUUUUAGAUCACUGAAACUUUGGAUGGUUUUACGGUUGUAUGGUGUACAAAAUCUUCAGCAGUACAUCAGAAACCACAUUGAGCUGGCCAGACAAUUUGAAGGUCUUGUCAGUCAAGAUCCUAGAUUUGAGGUUGUCACCCCUCGAAUAUUUUCACUGGUCUGUUUCCGUCUCCUCUCUCCUGACAACGAUGGAGAAGAAGGAAAUAAAUUGAACCGCGAUCUAUUAGAUGCAGUAAACUCAACUGGGAAAAUCUUCAUUUCUCACACUGUUCUCUCGGGUAAGUACAUCUUACGCUUCGCAGUCGGGGCUCCAUUGACAGAAGAGAGACAUGUUAAUGAAGCAUGGAAGGUUCUGCAAGACGAGGCAUCUAAGCUGAUGGCUACUGUUCCAAAUAACUAAGAUGUUCUUCUGCCAUAGAAAUCUCAGGACUGACUCUAUUCUUGCAGAGACCUCGAGGCUUCUCUUUUACUGGGAGAAAAUUCAUUAGGCAAUUUUCUUAGACAUGAUAUAUCCCGGUUGUGGUCCUCUGGGUAGCCAAAAGUGCAAUAAAAAGAGUACUGAUUUAAUCAAA